UAUAUUAUUUUUCUACAGUUUGAAUCUGUCUGUGAAAAAGGUCUAUUUCACACUGAUUGGUAUGCCUCUGGUCUAGGGAAACCUAGACAUAACAUUAGUGUUACUUCCCACUAUUUUCAUUCGCGCAUGAGCUGCGAGCACCAGAGCCUCGCAGUGGCGAAACUGAGGCUCCCUGGUUAACUGUGGUAACAUGAAGAGCCGCUUGGGAGCCAAAACAGACGACGCUUUAAGAGAGCCGAGCCAAAUGAUCCGGCUCACUAAUGUAAAAAGACAGUAUCUAUAAGGGACGGCCCCGCUCUCGGGGUGGACGCCCUCUCAGCCCUGGUCUGGCGGAAACACUGGCCCUCACUGUCUUUCUUAGACGAUUGCAAGAAGGCGCAGUUGGUCGAAAUAGCAGAGCAUUAUAAAAUUGCUGUUGUAGGGAGCAACCGGAAAGAUGAGAUUAAAGCUGUCAUCGUGUCAUUUUUGUUUGAGCAGGGGGUGUUGCAGAAGAGUGAGUCUGGUGCGGCAGGGGUUGUGCUGGUAGUGGUUCAGACAGCUGGUUUGACGUUCGAGCAGCAAAAAGCUUUUGGCCAUGGAGUUUGAGCAGGAGAAGUUGCAGUUGGAGGUGAGGUUACGGCAGCAGGAGGUAAAGAAGCGUUUAGAGGUGGAGAAGGUGCUGGAGGUGGAAAAUAUGAAAUGUGAGGUGGAACAUGCUAGAUUACGGCUGAUUGGAGAGGGCAAGCUUUCAUCUGAUGGUUCGGCAUCAGGUAGUGGCGAUGUUAUUUCUAACUUGCGGUUGGUGCCAAAGUUUAAUGAGCGUAACCCUGACGUUUUUUUCACCCUAUUUGAGUGCGUAGCUGCGGCAAGAAACUGGUCAGAUUCGGACAGAGUGCUGUUACUUCAGUGUGUACUCACUGGGCGAGCACAAGAGGCCUAUUCAGCUAUUUGUGGCGAAAAUGCUUUGGACUAUGAUAGAGUAAAAUCAGUGGUGUUAAAAUCAUAUGAACUGGUUCCUGAAGCGUAUCGUCAAAAGUUCAGAAGUUGGGUCAAGGGGGAUAAGCAGACAAAUGUGGAGUUUAUCCGUGAUUUGACUUCUCAUUUUCAGCGGUAGUGCGCGGCAGCAAAGGUUGCCAGUUUUGACGGUCUUUGUGAACUCAUUGUAUUGGAACAGUUUAACGAUGUUAUCCCUCAGCGUGUGGCCACUUAUGUAAAUGAGCAGAAACCUUCCACCGCGCUUAGAGCUGCUGAAUUAGCGGAUGAUUUUGUGUUGACGCAUAAGGGUAGUUUUAUAGAGAAGUCUUCUAGGGGUGAUUGGAGACGUGGAAAAGAUGGUGGCUAUGCCCGCGGUGGUGCAAAGGUUUCACCAGGCUCCUCCCGUAGAUUUGCAGGUACGGGGCGACCCGAGGGGGCCAAAGUGGGCCUAUGUCAUUAUUGCCGAGGAGAGGGUCAUUGGAAGGAUCAGUGUCCGUUGCUGGAACCUGAGGGGAAGCCUUAUUUUUCAUCACAUGCUCCAGCCAUGUGUUGUUCUGCCAUUUUGGUUAAAAAGCUGCAGGGUGUAGGAUCGGGCAUGGUGCCUGAUAAGAAGCUGGUUUGUGCCGACUUGGAUGUGGGUUCUGGUUUUGAGCCGUUCAUAACGGAAGCCGUUGUAUCAGUAGUCGGUAGUGACAAGUAUGUUCUGAUUAAGGUGUUGCGUGACACAGCAGCUCGAUGCUCAUUUAUUGUUGAGUCAGUGUUGCCUUUUUCGUCAGAGACAGAGACUGGGGAUUUUGUGAUGAGGGGCAUGGAGAUGAGCUUGAUUCCUGUGCGACGUCAUACAAUAGUGCUGGAUUGUGAGCUGGUGCGGGGAGUUGUGUCUAUCGGCGUGCGUCCCGCGUUGCCACUUGAUGGGGUACAUAUGAUUUUGGGCAACAAUCUCGCUGGUAGUGCUGUGUGGGCUGGUGUGCCACCGCCUGUGGCGGUUUCCAGGCCGUUGGCAUCCGGGGAGCCAGGUGAGAGCGGUUUGCAGUUUCCAAGUGUGUUUCCAGUUUGUGCUGUUACGCGUGCGCAGAGCCGUGGAUGUCUGCUGACCCGCCUGUUUCGGAGUGUAGAAAAAGUGGUGUUGAACAGGUGGUCUCACUGCCUGAUCUCCCUUCGUCUGUGUCAAAGGAGGAGGAAGACGUGGAGACUCUUCUUCACUCAGAGAUCCUGGAUAUAUUCGAGGAAGGUCUUGCUCAAUUUGUUCAGGACCCUUUACUCUGUGAUCUGCCAAUUCAGGUACAUUUGGAGGAGGUUAAUUCCCAGAUUGCUUUGGAGUAUGGCCAAGCCAUGAUUGUCAGGGUUUUAAAGGCAGAUGGAGAGAUUAUGCCCAUAGUUGUGGUGCAAAAUGCAACCGUCUUGGAUCUGAAGAAGGCCAGUGAUGAUAAGAUGAGGCUUAAGGACUAUGGGAUCAGAAACAUGGAAGAAGUGACGUUCAUGAAAAGACACAUGAAAAAAGUCCAUACUGGACACACACCUGAUGGUCAAUAUACACAGGAGGAUGUUGGUUUGUCGUGGAUCCCUUUGGGGCCCCGUCUUAAGGAGGGGGGGGGCUGUGAUGCCCCUGUGGAUUCAUCUGGAGAGGGUGUGGCUGUGCUGCAUCCAGCCUCCUUGAUUGCAGUAACUCAGGGCACCUGGGUCUGGUGGCCUGCAGUUAUUUAAAGCCUCUGCCCCUCUCUGUCUCCCUCUCUGCUGCUCCCUGCAGGC